UCUUCAUGGUUAUCACUGAAAUAAAAAUAUAAAAUAUUUUAAUUAAUGUUUUAGGAUAUUGAUCAAUAUAAUUUAAAUGGCUGACAGGUAUAGUCAGCCAAGGAGGAGCAGCUCAUCACUUAAUACAUUGACCUCCUCUCCGCUAAUCUGCGGUGUUUUGGAACAUGGCGCUGGUCAUGAGCUGGUCGACCAGCUACCAUGUUCCAAAAACCAGCUUGACCACCUUGAGCUGGUAUGACAAGCUGGUAGCUGGUCUCCCAGCUUGGACCAGCUAGAAACCAGCUACCAUGUUCCAAAACAGCUACCAUCUUAAGAUGAGUAAACUAUGUGUGGAGUUUAGUAUGAUUUAAAAAAAAGCUGUUUUAUAAGAGAAGUACCGGACAAUUUUGCGACAGGGCAUUUUCCUCCCAUGCCGCACAAAGCGGCAGUAUCCGAGGAGCAGCGACAUUCCGGUCGGCAGACUUCAAGUGCUCAUAAUCCUGAAGCCAUCGCCCGGGCUAAAGGAGCCGGCACUGGAGCCAGUACUGGAAGAAAGUCAAACCUCGCAGGACAGAUCAUUCCUAUCUACGGCUUUGCCAUCUUACUGUACAUCCUCUAUAUUCUGUUUAAGAUCACAUCCAAAGGUAAAACAACCAAUCCCCCCGAGAGCCGAUUCAUUGCUGUCAGAUCAGAAAAGAGGAAAAUUACUGAUUUUGAGUUGGCUCAGCUGCAGGACAGAUUAAAUGAAACAAAGGACGUGAUCCAGAGAAACAUUUCAGCAGCUAGUGUCUCCUCAGACAGUAUGGCAGGUUCUGUAGCUGUAGAUGAGGAGCAGAAGUUAUUGUACCAGCUGCAGGAGAUCACACGCGUCAUGCAUGAGGGUCAACUCAUGGACACAGUCUCACCAUACACUGAAGAACACCACUGCCAACAUGAGUGUGCUGAUUUUCCUGCCGACAGUCAAAACGAUGAUGUGAAUGAGCAGUUCUGCUGCGUUCAUUCAUCUCACACAUUCACCUCAAACACAAAUGAUGAGCACCAGACAGAUGUGAAUGAGUUGAGCGCUGAUACUGAGGACAUACAUGAGUCUCAUGAGAUACAGUGUGUGGAAGAACAUGAGGAAGAUGAUGGUGACUAUGAAGAGAAGAUAGAUGCCAACAGAAACAGACACAUAGAAGAUAUUUCUGUGCUUGAAUCAAUGAGCCAAUCACAGCACACAACUCAAACAGGAAGUGACAUCACGCCUAUCUCAGUUUCAGACAAUAGCGUCAUCAGACGGUGGAGCAAAAAAUAAAUCAAAUAAUAAAAAUGAACCUUUAACCACAAAAUCAUGUUCAUUGUGGAGUGUGUUUAUAAGACAAACAGGAAUGAGCAGUUCAUGUUGACACAGCAGCUGUUUAAAUAUAUGCCUGCUGCAUAAUGUUUGAAAUAUUGAAAUAAUACAUUUAGCACUCAAGGCAAUAGUCAUGGAUAAUUUGCCAUUUACUCUUUUAAACAAACUUGUAUUCAUGAUAAAUAUAUUCUAUAUUGCAGUGGUUCCCAACCCUGUUCCUGGAGGCCCCUCAACACUGCACAUUUUGUAUAUCUCCCUUUUCUGACACACCCAAUUCAGAUCUUAGAGUCUCCACUAAUGAGCUGAUGAGUUGAAUCAGGUGUGUUUGAUUAGGGAGAUAUCCAAAAUGUGUAGUGUUGGGGGGCCUCCAGAAACAGGGUUGAGAACCACUGCUCUAUUGUAAAAGGUUCCAAAUCUAUGUCCAUAUUAUGAAUAUUAACAAUAUGCUUUCCAGUGUAAUAUUUGAUGCUACUGUAUGAAGCAAAAUUAGAGAUGCUGAGGCUGCAAGUCUGUACAUGUUUGCAAACAUACAAAUGUGCUGCACAUUGCGGUUUGGCUGGUUGUUACUAUUAGCUUGUUGCAUUUAGCGCUAAACUUGCGUGAUAAAUUUGAGAAAAAUCUGUAAACUGCAGAACUUGCAUUUGAAUGAGAAAACGUGUUUGCAAGUCUUCUUGGACCUCAAAUAUUAGUAUAUCUAUUAUAUUCACAUUGUUAUAUCACAAUUAAAUUACAAUAUAUGACGUUAUCUUCACAUACUGUAUAUGCACCACUUAGAGGAACUCUCCUUCAAUCCUAAGUACAACAAACAGUUUAACAGAUUUAAUGCAAUAAUAGGCUGUACACUUGUAGUUUUCAUUUGGAACAUUUUUACUGUAACUCCAUUGGGUUUUAUUUAGUUUGUUACUCCUGUUUUUCUGGAGGUUCAGGCCUUUUCAGAAUGACAUUUCUUUUGUCUAAUCACUGCUCAUAAUUACAUCUCGUGACAUUUUUGCUGUAAUGAACUAUUUAAUUGAUGUUAUCCAUAUUUUUUGUUCUGUAUACUAACGUUAAUGAUAGUUUAUUAUUUGAAUCUGUUAUGUCAAUAAAAGAAAAAAAAAAUGUCAA